AUGAUGAUAUAUGCAGUUAAAAGAGUACAAUUCGGGGAUUUUAGUGAAGAAAAGAAACUAAAAGUUCUCAAAGAAGUAAAAAGUUUGGCAAAAAUGGAUUCAGAAUUUGUGGUCAAAUAUUACAACUCAUGGCUUGAGUCCAAUCAUCUCUAUAUUCAAAUGGAGUUCUGUCCGCAAAGUCUUAAAUCUCUUCUCACAGACAAAGCCAUUGUCUUUAAGAAACAACCGGAAGAACAGAUGAAAGUUUUUGAUUAUUUUAUUUCCUGCGAAAUAUUCAAACAGAUCUUAGAGUGCGUCCAAUAUCUCCAUGAAUUAAAACCACCGGUCAUUCAUCGAGAUCUCAAACCCGACAAUAUGUUAAUUGACAUCAAUUUCCGGUCGAAUCGGUUCGUAAAACUGUGUGACUUUGGUUUGGCCACCGAUCACAACAUUGAUAGACACACUGCCAGCCGAUACGGCCAUACAUCAGGUGUGGGCACUAUUAAGUAUAUGUCUCCCGAAGUCAUUCAUUGCAGAGAAUAUAACCAUAAAUCAGACAUUUAUAGUCUCUGUAUUAUUGGCGAAGAGUUAUUUUGUAUCGAUCUUCAGGCAGUUUAA